AUGGCGGAAUAUUCAAUAAUUUUGAUGAUUUUUGUUUUCCCUAUUUUAACCCAUACGGCGUAUAGCACAAAAUCUACUAAAGCCGGUACAGACAUCACAGUCGAAUCCCUCAAAAGAAAUCCCAAGGUUUUGACGUCUCCACAAGUUUAUUGCGUCAAAGGCGAGUCCARAUUUCAACUUUGGCAAACUUGGAGCACAGUUGAAGUAAAACUGAGGUUUAAUACUGAAGGUAGUCGCUUGUACACGGCUGAAAGCCGAGAAGCUUUGGAAGAAGCACAAAAUCCAUCUAUAGCCAAGAGAUUCCUGUCUCUAGUUGCUGAAACAGAUGCCAUUAGUAGCAAUGUUUCUUAUUUAUCCCCAUUUAAGCAUACUUGCUUUGAUAUAAAAAUACCAGAAAAACGUGUACGACAAUACAAUGUACAACUAACCUUAAAAAAGUUUCACUGGACAUUCCCUCUUUCACUUUUAUUUGGUUUACUGCUGUUUAUAAAUGCGGACAAUCUUAGUAGGAGUGUAACAUUCUACUACAGUUCUGGUAUAGUCCUUGGAAUAGGAGUGUCUCUUUUACUAGUUAUUUUUGUGCUUCAUCGUUUAGUGCCAUCUCGAGCUGGAGCUUACACUCUUCUUGCUGGUGGCUGGAGUUUAUCACUSUACUUCUUACAAUGGUCAUGGAAUAACCUAGUGGAUCUUGUACUGGAAAGAAACCCAUUUGUAGUUGGAUAUUUCCUUUUCGCAGGUCUGAUCAGUUUUGGCAUUUGUUACUACAAUGGGCCAGUUACUAAUGAACGUGGUAUUAACCUCAUUCGUUGGACCAUACAGCUGAUUUCAACCUAUUUCAUUUUCAAAGGCGUUCAACCUGAAUCCKUGUCUGUUGCUGUUGUAAUAAUUGUUUACAUAUAUAGCUUUUUAUCGUCUGAUCUUAUACGAAGGUUGCUCGAUCUUCUACCUGAGAAUUUGAUUUCAUAUAGAGUCCAGUAUUACUUAUUCCCACCCAAGACGCAGUUUUUGACACAAGAAGAGUACGAAAUUCAAGGAGUUACYGAAACGAAAAAGGCAUUAAUGGAACUAAGAUCAUAUUGUAAUAGUCCUGAUUGCGAUGCGUGGAAGGUUAUUAGCAGAGUGAAGGACCCCAAAAGGCUGUCAUCUUUCAUUAUCGAAGGCACUCACAUCACGGAUGAUGAAUAUAAUCAUUUUGAARACAACCCAUUCGAGUACCCAAGUCCASACGACUUUAAUGACGACGAUGACUACGACUAAGGUUUUUUAAUGAACUUUUUAAAUGCAGAACUGAAUUGUCGUUUAUAUUAUUUGUAUAUUAAGAUAGUUUUUUUUAGAAUUGAAAUUUAUAGAGUAUUUAUAGUUUGACAAAAUGCGGGUCAAACCCGAUCCCUGCUUGUAGAGAGGAGACUAGGCACUACUUCAAGAUCGUUUCWUAAGUCYGCGACCAAGAUUUUUGAUGUCAGCGGCAAAUCUWUAGCCUCGAAAGCCAGUUUGUCAUCCGAAAAUCGUUAUUUUUAAAAAUGGGUCAAACGCCGUAUUCGCCUGACGUAUCUCUCAUGUGAUUUGGAUUUUAUACCAGAGAAUUUAAUAGCAGUCUGAAAGAUUUUACACAACUCUGGCGUUAGAACUAAUUCAGUUGUCACACCACAAGUUAUUUUCUAGGGACUGUUACCAUGUUGUCAAAAUGACAAGCGUUGCUUUGUAAUUUUUGUAUUUUUAAAUUAUAGWUAUAAUAAAGUUUGCAUGUCGACAUUU